AUGGCAGAAUUAAAAGCAACUGGAGGAUUGAUUCGCUCUACUAGCAAAGAAUCUAUAAUAUCCGCGAUUAGUCAUGUUGGUGAUUGGGAAAUUGGUGAUCGUUGUCAGAUUGGUGGAAGAAUGGGCAAUAUUGUAUAUAUUGGACCGGCAAGAUUUGCACCAGGUGAAUGGAUAGGUAUUGUUCUCGACCAACCGCUUGGGAAAAAUGAUGGCUCUGUUGAUGGACAUCGAUAUUUUUCUUGUGAACCAAAUCAUGGAUUAUUUUGUAAAGCCAGUAAGUUGGAACGCGUAUAUCCACCGAGCCUGCCAAUUGAAACACCGCAAAAUAAUCCAUUUUGCAAAGAAUACGGAUUGGAGAUCGGUGAUCGAGUUAUUGUAUCAGGUGGUAAAUGUGGAAGAUUGCGCUUUCUUGGAAAUACUGAGUUCAAAGACGGCGUUUGGGCCGGCAUUGAGUUGGACCAGCCAGUAGGGAAAAACGAUGGCAGCGUUCAGGGCAAGCGAUAUUUUACAUGCAAAGCACCAUAUGGUUUGUUUGCUGCCGCAUCAAAAGUUGUUCGUGCGCCCGAACAAACUUCUGCUAAAUUUAAAGUAUGUUUGAUUCGACAUACAAAAACAUCAGCAUUACGGCAACGUUCAGGUAGCCAUGAGUCAUUGUCAUCAAUUGGCACAUCCUCAGUUGCAUCGUCACGAAUUUCUAAGUACAACUUCGCCACACCACGAUCCGUCCAGAGGCCACUUAUUAUUUCAUCAUCUAAAGGACAAGAGGAUUUAUUCAAAACGCUUCAGGAAUCAUUAAAAGAGAAAGAAACACAUUUGGAACAAAUGAUCAGGGAACGUGAUCUCGAACGGAAUGAAAUGGCAGCUUUGUCAAAUCGUUGCGAAAUGGCAGAAGCAAAAGUAACACAACUCGAAAGCGCCAAAACUUUAGUAGAUCAACAACUUCAAGCAUUAAAAGUUAUGAUGGAUGAAACUGAAGCUAAAUUUAAAGUAGCAGAUGACACUAUCAACGACCUUACCGUUCAAUUGAAGGAAAAGAAGGAUGCUCUCGAAGAUUUAACAUUUCGUUAUGAUGAGGAAACCAUACUGAAUGCUGAAAUGGAAGAAAAAAUUGCUCAGUUGGAAAAAGAAACUAUUAUUAAAGGGAAUGAGGGUGAAGGUACAGCUGAGAUAUUGAUAGUUGAAGUGGAAAAAGCAAAGUUAAAGUUGGAGGAAUUGAAGAAGCAGUGCUCCGCUUUGGAACAAGAAAGGCUUUCAGUAUGUGCUGGAAUAAAAAAUAUAUUAUCGACCUAUAAGCAGGAUUUUACGGAAUUGAUACAGCUCUUAUUGCCCAAUGAUACUGUCGAAAUUAUGAAUGAAAGUGAAACAGCAUCUACUGAUGAUGAACAAGAUUUAUCAAAACAGUUGAAAGUGAAUAUGAGAAAAUUGGAUAGUUUGAUAGAUCACAAUAAAACAGUCAAAGAAGCAGUACAAGAAAGGCUUGAAAGUAAUAAGGAAGAAAUAAAAAAUUUGGCAAAUCAGUGUGAAAUUUUGAAAAGAUCAUUGGACGAUAAGGCAGUUAGUAUUUCACGAAAUGACGAGGAACUAACAAUAUGUCGGGCAACCCUGGAUCAACUAAGAAAUGAACUGGGAAAAAUUGAAGAAGAUAAAGUGAAGCUGAAAGAAACAUAUGAUGAGUUAGAGAUAUCGAAUAAUGCUCUGUUAAAAAAUUUCGAUCACUUGAAUAAAAAAAACGUUGAAAUGACUGCGAAAAUGGAAAAUGAAAAAAGAGAAUAUAAUGCAGAAAUCACCCGACUAAAUGGGGAACUGCAGAAAGCACGAAACGAUGCUAUCCAACCGCAGGAACAGCUAAAAAAGAUGGAAGUUGAGAAAACGAAGUUAAUCGAAUUACGAGAAUCUCUGGAAAAUAGCAACAGGGAACUUCUUACAGAUAUAAAAUCGUUAGAAUCGCAGAAAAUUGAGUUGGAGGGAAAGUUGAGACAGAAGGAAACAGAAAGAGAAAUACUCAGUUCCUCCUUAGCAAAGAAGGAGGUAGAGCUUGCUUCGACAAAAUCCAAAAUCGAUGAGCUCAGUAGUCAAGUCGAUAGACUUCAUGCCAAUCUUUGUGAAGCAAGCUCUAGCGAUGGAAGUCUGAAAAAGGAGUUGGAAUCACUUCGUGAAGAAAACAAGAAAGAAGCUGAAACUCAUGCUGUUCAGAUGGCAGAAUUACAAGCAACCAAUGAAUCUCUCGAAAAGGAUUUCUUAACAACCAGAAAUAGCUUGCAAAGUCUGGAAAAUAUCCAUGACGUCAUGAAAAAUACAUUGGGAAAAACUCAAUCCGAACUUGAAAAGUUAAAGGAGGACCUUUCAUUUUCACAACAACAAUUGAUAGCUGAGCAAGAAAAAGUUUCGAAGUUACAACAGGAGAUAGUUUCUCAUGUCAGCGCUGCGGAACAAUUGCAAAGGUUGCAAGAAGAAGAAGCUGCAAGUCAUACUAAAACUCAGUCCAGAUUGCAGUCAGAAAAUGAUUUUGCACAACAAAGGACACGUGAUUUGGAAGCUGAGAAAGAAACCAUUUUGAAAGAGAAGGUCGAAUUGCAGAAAGAGGCAAUUUUUGCAUUGAAAAAACAUGCAAAAGUGAAAGAACGUUACGAAGCAUUGACGCAAUCGUUGAAAGGCCGUGUUAGCUUGGAUAGUGAUUAUAAAGAAAAGAUGAGGAAACUCAGAGCUGAACUGGAAAGUGUAACGAAGUGUUUAAGCACAAUUGAGUGCAAAGGAGGAUCCUUGGAAGAAAAAAUCAGUAAUUUAUUGGAGGAAAGAAUUCAGCUGACUGAUACAGAAAAAAGAUUAAAGGCAGAAAUUGAAAAGUUGAUGGUCGAAAAAGGAAAGCAAGCGUCUGAUUUGAUAGUAACUGUCAAGAAAUUAUCUGAACUCGAACAAGAACGCAGUACAUUUGCUGCUUCACUAAAUAAGCUGGAAAAAGAACGAGAUAAUAAAGAUACUGAAUUGAAUAUUUUGAAGGCAGAAAUAAUAAAUAUUACGGACAAAAACAAAAACAAAGACGUCAUCAUAAAUUCAUUAGAGGCAGAGAUUGCUGCUUUGAAAGAAGUAGCAGCUAGCAUGAACAAAUCGAAUAAUGAGACUUCGGUUGUUUUGAAUAGCUUGGCGAAAGAGAAAUCAGAACUUGAACAAUGUCUUUCCCGACUAGAAAAAGAACGAGAUGGUAAAGAUGUUGAAUUAAAUGUUUUGAAGAGGGAAAUGAUAAAUAUUAUGGAUAAAAACAAAAACAAAGAUGACACAAUAAGUUCAUUAGAAGCUGAGCAUGGUAUCAGCACCGCAGAUAUUGCGCAAAAUAAACAAUAUGAAAAGGAGAUUAAUGCUUUGAAAGAAGAAAAAAAUCAAGCUAUCAGCCAGAUAAAUUUGCUGAAAUUAGAGAUCCUUGAAUUAUCGAGGAAACAGGCGGAAAAUGAAGGAAAAGUUUCAGAAGCGCAACAACAGAAUGCUUUAUUUGUCGACUUUGAAGAAGAAUGGAAAAAUAAAGAAACUGCAUACAUGCAGGAAAUACAAGAAUUAAAGAUAGCAGUCGGUAAAACAGAAACUGACAAAAUUGAAGAAAUGAAACGAGAUAUAUCAUUUCUCAAUUCUAUCAUAGCAGAGCAGUAUAAGAAAGAGAAAAAUUUGAAAGAACAGAUUGCAAUCCUGAAUUCAUUGCCUGCAAAUGAAAUAAUGACUCAACUUCAACGUAAAACGACACAGAACGUUCCACUACGAUUGUAUUGUGAUAUAUGUGAAGUAUUCGAUUUGCAUGAUACUACUGAUUGUCCAACGCAAGCAAUGGAUAUGGAGGAAGCAAUUCGUGGGAAAAACAAAAAGGUGAAACCGCAAGCUCGACCAUACUGUGAGCAAUGUGAAGAAUUUGGACAUGAUACAAGUAAUUGCUCGAAAAUGCAAACUGAAAAGCCAAAAUCGAAAGAUUAUACUUUUUAA